AAGAGUACAGGGAGAUAUAGACAACAGAGAGGAGAGAGGAGUGUUGUGGAAUAAAUGAGUACCUACCCAGCAAUUUAUGAAGAGGACCAGUAGAACCUGGACUAGCUGAGCAGGUGAAUUGCUAGCUGACCUGGUGGAAUACAGCACUGAAAGCAACCAUCUUCACUUGGACCAGUAUCUGGACGACCAGGUCAAGUUGGGGGUACAAUAGCUGGCUGGCUGAAGAAGCCAUUUUAGCGACCAUCUUCACUUCCUCCAAAUUCCCCAGGUAGUGCCAAGAUGGCAGAGAGUGGCGGCGAGCCUAACCUGCAGUCCUACAUUAUGGACGAGGAAACUCUGAAGAGGAAGCAGAAGGAGAAGCUGAAGAAGCUCCUGGCCACGGGGGGAAACCCUCGGCCCGCACGCUCCCUCUUCUUCCUCACACUGAAGAACCCCUUCCGCAAGGCUGCCAUCAACAUUGUGGAAUGGAAACCAUUUGAGAUCAUCAUCCUGCUGACCAUCUUUGCCAACUGUGUGGCCCUGGCUGUGUUCCUGCCCAUGCCUGAGGAGGACAGCAAUAACACCAACAGCAACCUGGAAAGUCUGGAGUACAUCUUCCUCAUUGUCUUCUCCAUAGAGUGCUUUCUAAAGAUAAUAGCCUAUGGAUUUCUAUUUCACGAGAAUGCGUAUCUGCGGAACUGUUGGAACAUACUGGAUUUUGUCUGUGUAUCUGUGGGGCUGUUUGCAGUCAUCGGGGACUUCAUCACCUAUAUCAGUGGUGUGGAGGCUCAACCAGGGGACAAGGGAGGAGGCUUCGACAUGAAGGCCCUCAGGGCAUUCAGGGUGCUCCGGCCCCUCAGGCUGGUCUCUGGAGUCCCCAGCCUGCAGGUGGUGAUGAACUCCAUCCUGAAAUCCAUGCUACCUCUGUUCCACAUCUCCCUGCUGGUCUUCUUCAUGGUCACCAUCUACGCCAUCGUGGGACUGGAGCUGUUCAAGUGCAAGAUGCAUAAAACCUGCUACUACACAGGCACAAAUAUCAUAGCCACAGUGGAGAAUGAGAAGGCAUCUCCGUGUGCCCAGGCCGGUAAUGGUCGGCGCUGCACCAUCAAUGGGACAGAAUGUAGGACGGGAUGGGCCGGACCCAACAACGGCAUCACACACUUUGACAACCUGGGCUUCGCUAUGCUCACUGURUACCAGUGCAUCACUACCCAGGGUUGGACCGACGUGCUCUACUGGGUACUGUUACAUCACCCCUAUACCUUAAUAUUACUGUACUGCUUCAUCCUGACCAGCUUGCUUAGGGGACUCUGCUCCAGUGAAUUCACUAAGGAGCGAGAAAAGGGCAAGGCGCGCGGAGAGUACACAGAGAUGAGGGAGACCCAGCAGCUGGAUGAGGAUCUGAAGGGCUACAUGGAGUGGAUCACACAGGCCGAAGUCAUGGACGCCGACGGGGAGGGACAGGGCCUGCUAACGCUGGAGGAUGGAGAAUCCGAGGCAGGGAGCCUAAAGGACAUGGACACCAUGCAAAAAAUCAUGUACUACUACAAGCUGGCUCGUAAAUGGAACGUUUUCUUCCGGCGUAAGUGUCUUGUGUAUGUGAAGUCCCGUAUGUUCUACUGGUGGGUGAUCCUUCUGGUGUUUCUGAACACGCUGGCCAUCGCUACUGAACACCACCAGCAGUCCCAGCAACUCACCGAGUGGCAAGACACUGCCAACAAGGUGCUGCUGUCUCUGUUCGCCAUUGAGAUGUUUAUGAAGAUGUACGCCCUGGGUCUCCAGCAAUACUUCAUGUCUCUGUUCAACCGCUUCGACUGCUUCGUGGUCUCCACCGGCAUUCUGGAACUCGUCCUGGUCCGCAUGGACGUCAUGACUGUCAUGGGGAUCUCUGUGCUGCGCUGCAUUCGACUACUUAGGCUGCUCAAAGUAACCAAGUACUGGGACCGUUUCUCUCCCAGUAAUCUGGUGGUGUCCCUGCUGAACUCAACCCCCUCCAUUGCCUGCCUGCUCCUCCUCCUCUUCCUCUUCAUCGUCAUCUUCUCUCUGCUGGGCAUGCAGGUGUUCGGGGGGAAGUUCAACUUCCCCAAUGCGCCCAAACCCCGCAGCACCUUCGACAGCUUCCCCCAAGCUCUCAUCAGUGUUUUCCAGAUCCUGACGGGGGAGGACUGGAACUCUGUGAUGUAUGAUGGCAUCAUGGCACAUGGCGGUCCCACCAUGCCCGGGAUCCUCGUCAGCAUCUACUUCAUCAUCCUCUUCGUCUGCGGAAACUACAUCCUGCUGAAUGUGUUCCUGGCCAUCGCUGUGGACAACCUGGCGGAGGCUGAGAGUCUGACCAUGGCUCAGAAGGAGAAGUCUGAGGAGAAGAAACGCAAGAAGCUGCUCAGGGCUAACAUGCCUGACAAGGCCACAGAGGAGAAAGCCCUCCUGGCCAAGAAGCUUGCAGCGGAGAGAGCCAAAAUAGAGGGCAUCCCUACCACAGCCAAGCUGAGAGUGGACGAGUUUGAGUCCAACGUGAACGAGAUAAAGGACCCCUUCCCCCCUGCUGACUUCCCUGGUGAUGAUGAGGAGGAGGAGCCUGAUAUCCCUGACACCCCGAGGCCACGGCCAAUGGCAGACCUGCAGCUGAAGGAGGAGGUGGUGCCUAUUCCAGAGGCCAGCUCCUUCUAUAUCUUUAGCUCUGAUAACAAGAUCCGUAAGCUGUGCCACCGCAUCAUCAACGCCACCGCCUUCACCAACAUCAUCCUCCUCUUCAUCCUCCUCAGCAGCAUCUCACUGGCUGCCGAGGACCCCAUCGACCCCAUGUCCUUCAGGAACCAGGUGCUGGCCUCCGCUGAUGUGGUCUUCACCUCAGUGUUCACMGUGGAAGUUGUCCUCAAGAUGACCGUAUACGGCGCCAUCAUGCACCCCGGCUCCUUCUGCCGGAACUCCUUUAAUAUCCUGGAUCUGAUUGUGGUCAGCGUAUCCCUCCUCUCCAUGCUCAUGGAGUCCAGUGCUAUCUCUGUGGUGAAGAUCCUCAGGGUGUUGAGGGUGCUGAGGCCCCUAAGGGCCAUCAACAGGGCCAAAGGACUGAAGCAUGUGGUCCAGUGUGUUUUUGUGGCCAUCAAAACCAUUGGCAACAUCGUGCUGGUCACCCUGCUGCUAGACUUCAUGUUCGCCUGCAUUGGAGUCCAGCUCUUCAAGGGCAAAUUCUAUGCCUGCACAGAUCCUGACAAAAUGACAGAGGAGGAGUGCAAGGGCAACUACAUUAGGUACCAGGAAGGUGCCAUCCAUCCGAUGACCAUCCAUAAGAGAGAAUGGAUCAACGCAGAGCUCAACUUUGACAACAUCCUCGAAGGCAUGCUGGCUCUCUUCACUGUCUCCACCUUCGAGGGCUGGCCAAAGUUGCUCUACAAGGCCAUAGACUCUAACAUGGAGGAUGUGGGUUCCCCCAUCUACAACAACCGCAUCGCCAUCUCCAUCUUCUUCAUCGUCUACCUCAUCCUCAUCGCRUUCUUCAUGAUGAACAURUUCGUGGGUUURGUCAUCGUUACAUURCAGGAGCAGGGAGAGCAGGAGUACAAGAACUGCGAGCUGGAUAAGAACCAGCGUGCGUGUGUCGAGUACGCCCUGAAAGCCCGGCCGCUGCGCUGCUACAUUCCGAAGAACCAGUAUCAGUACAACGUGUGGUACAUCGUCACCUCCUGCUACUUUGAGUACCUGAUGUUUCUGCUCAUCAUGCUGAACACCAUGUGUCUGGGGAUGCAGCACUGUAACCAGUCAACCCAUGUGACCGACCUGUCAGACAUGCUGAACGUGAUCUUCACUGUGCUCUUCACUGUGGAGAUGAUCCUCAAACUCAUGGCCUUCAAAGCUAAGGGUUACUUUGGAGACCCAUGGAACGUCUUUGACUUUGUCAUCGUCAUCGGCAGCGUUGUUGACGUCAUCCUGAGUGAAGUCGAUGCAGCCCUGGCCUCCUCUGGAGGACUAUACUGUCUCCACGGCUGCGCUGAGGUGAACCCAAUGCAAGCGAUAGCAGAUUCUGAAAAUGCCCGUGUGUCAAUCACCUUCUUCCGACUGUUCCGUGUGAUGCGUCUGGUGAAACUGCUGAACCGUUCUGAAGGGAUCCGGAACCUUCUGUGGACCUUCAUCAAGUCCUUACAGGCCCUGCCCUACGUCGCCCUGCUCAUCCUCAUGCUGUUCUUCAUCUAUGCUGUGGUUGGGAUGCAGGCCCUGCCCUACGUCGCCCUGCUCAUCCUCAUGCUGUUCUUCAUCUAUGCUGUGGUUGGGAUGCAGAUCAUCAACCUGUUUGUGGCGGUCAUCAUGGACAACUUUGACUACCUUACACGUGAUUGGUCCAUCCUGGGUCCUCAUCACCUGGACGAGUUCAGGAAGAUCUGGGCAGAGUACGACCCAGAGGCCAUGGGGCGUAUUAAGCACCUGGACGUGGUGACUCUGCUGCGUAGGAURCAGCCUCCUCUGGGUUUUGGAAAGUUCUGCCCCCAUAGAGUAGCCUGCAAGAGACUGGUGUCCAUGAACAUGCCACUCAACAGUGACGGAACGGUCACCUUUAACGCUACGCUGUUCGCACUGGUCAGGACCGGGCUGAAGAUCAAGACUGAAGGCAACUUUGAGAAGGCCAAUGAGGAGCUGAGGGCCAUCAUCAAGAAGAUCUGGAAACGCACCAGUAUGAAGCUGCUGGACCAGGUCAUCCCACCAAUCGGAGAUGAUGAGGUGACCGUGGGGAAGUUCUACGCCACCUUCCUGAUCCAGGACUACUUCAGGAAGUUGAAGAAGAGACAGGAGGAGUACUAUGGCUUCCGACCCACCAAGAAUAACGCCAAGAACGAGAUACAGGCAGGUCUGAGGAGCAUUGAGGAGGAGGCGGCUCCAGAGCUGCAGAGAGCCAUCUCCGGAGACCUGAUGAACGAGAGGAUAGAGCCAUGGGAGGACGCGAGCAGAGGAGGUAUCUUCAGGCGGGCGGGCGGUCUGUUUGGGAACCACGUUGAUUCCUUCACCAUGGAGGAAGGAACCCGUAACCCUAACGCUACACAGGUGACCAGCCAGCGGCCCCUGCAGAUGAGCAGAUCAGACGACGGGGAGGCUACCAGUUCACCUGCCUACCAUGCAAACGAGGASUUCUUCCCCUCAACGCCUAACAAAACCAACAACAACAAUGUCAACAACAAUGCCGGGGAGAGCUUUUCUUAUGGGACAUAUGACCGGGUUCAGGUCUAUACCAUCUCAACCAGCAGAAGUUCCCCAGACAGAGACUGGCAGCUGCAGACAGUAGCUGGACCCAGGCAGGACGCUGAGACCCACAGAGAGCCCCUCAGCCCCCAGCAGGCCCAGGCCCAGGGCCCAGACAGCGCCUUCGAUACACUUAUACAGGAGGUCUUGAUAAACGGGGGGUUGGAGAGCUUGGCCAGGGACCCUCGUUUUGUGUCGGUGACGAAACYGGAAAUGGCUGAAGCGUUGAACUUUGACCCUGUGGACAUGGAAAGUUCCGCCACUGAGCUUAUGAAUGGUCGCAGAGGGAGCGUUGCCACACCUCCAAUCAGGCCCCCUCGCAGAUCACAGAGAAAGGCCAACCAAUCAACAACACCCAGGGAUGUUGUGUAGGCCAAUAGGCCUGUCUUGCGUAGCACCGCAGUAUGUCAUCGAGUGACAUCACGUGCUGAGGCAUAAAUGCCAGAUUCUACAAAUAGGACAGUCCUUACUGCAGGGUUUCCCAACUGGUGGCCCGUGGGAUGAAUUUAGCCCAUAGGUGGUUUUAUUUGACCCCCCAAGUUGUUUUUGCAAAAAAAAACAUAUAUAUCUAUAUAUAUAUAUAUAUAC